AUGGAAGUGUUCCCUUCUGCUGUUUUCUGGGUCUGUUUUACGCAGCUAACGCAACUGAGUGCUUUAUUUACCAGUACUAAAGUAUCUCCUGAUGAAGAACGGAGUUUUAUUGUGAAGGCUUCUACAGUUGGCUGGGUCGGAUUUGGUUUCGCUUGUCUUGCUCCAAAUAAAAUGCGAGAUUAUGACCUAGGCCUUAUUGUUGCUGGGUAUAAGAAAGGCCAUGGAUAUAUCUAUGUGAGUUGUGAAGCUUUUUACUUUUUAUGUGUUGUUACUUAAAUUAAGAACCUAGCUCAUUUUUAAAGAUGCGAAAUGCUUGAGUAACUGUGUUGAAUUACCCUCGUUACUAACUCAAAACGAACAAAUUGUCAUUUCUCAGAACGAUAAUACAUAAAAUAAUUAUGACCCGGUGUUUUAACACUUGGCUGAGUAUAUAAUGACUGAUAUAUUAAACAGUACAACCGGUACUAUUUUUCUAUUGCAAGCUUUCUAAUUGUUCUCCAAGAUUUAAAAGGUCCGCAACACCGAAAUGAGAAAGUUGCUCGCGUUCAGAAGAGACGAAACAGGGGCACCCAACGAGAAUAUAGUUCAAACCCACUUAAACAUAGCAUUGUUGAACGUAUUUUAGUAUUUAAACGGUAGAUGUAGGCAUAUUUUUAUCCCCUAAAAAUUUUUCAUCUGUUCGGAUUUCCUACCUGAAAGUCUAGUGAUCCGAAAAUUAUAGGGAUCAAAACUUACCUAAUCGAAAAUUUCAGCCAGAGAAAAGGCUCCUGAAAAUUCUAGGUCACCUUUUUACGGUAAAAAUCCGUUAAAAAUGGGCAAUUAUACCAUGUUUGGGAAGUUCGAAAAUCCUAGGAGAGGCAUGCAAGCAAGAAAUUUAACGACAAAUGUUCCGAAAAUUCUAGAUCUCAAAUCGUCUUCCGAACAGAUAUUUUCCAAAAAUUGUCGUUGGGUGCCCCUGACGAAACUUUGGUAAUUGAUAAUGAAAGUGUUAGUGAAUGGCGCAUUCAUUCACUGGAUGUGACAGUCCAAUCAGGGACACUAUAUUCUGAGAGAACCAAUCAUAAGUUUCAUAAAAGCAGAAACGUAUUAAUGACUGAGUUAGAGGUGUUCAAGUGGUCCAUGCAUCAUAGUAUCAUCAAUAUAGUUUAUGGUUGUUAUGAGAUGCUUUUAACGGUCCCCUGGAGCGUCAGUCAAUCCGACAAAGUGGAAGAACAUACUUAUGACAAGUAUCUGAAUGAUUUUUGCAUUGAAAGCUGUAUAGAUUGACGUCAUAAUUGUCAGUUAGUUGGCUGUAACUGAAAAGAAAUUAAAAGACCACAUGUAACGCAUCAGAAGCUGCGGUUGUUUACAUUUAACAUCUUCCAUUUUACUCGGUCGAUGAACUCUUUCAAAUGCUGGAGAACUUAAAAAUUAAAAAAAAUCUCUUAAACUGACGUUAAAAGUAAGAUAUCCGUAACCUUAAGCCAUUAGCGUAUUAGUAAAGGUUUAAUAUUCCAUUGAUUGAGUCAGAAAACACUCCAGGUUGUGCGUCUGGCGCGCGGCUUACAACAAGACCAAAACAAGAGAUCCUGUUAAAGGUGAUCUUGACGAGAAAAAAAGGCUGACGGACGAAUAUUGUACAGUACCCUAUGCGCACCUGGGUGUAAGGACGGUGGUGAUAGUGCUUCUAUCAUUUUUUCUCCUUUCCUUGAGACAAUCUGUGCCGGAUUUGUUUCGUCGAAUUGCACAGUCCAAGUGACAAAAGGCGCAUAUUAUGUGAUUAUGGUAAACCUCCAACCCGAAUAAUAUCAUCUACAACAAACCUACAACUAUCUCGAGUUUAAUUUACUCGUGAACAUACCACUUGUGUCGUAGGCUCAAGGGACAUCACAAGUGUAACUGAGAAAAUUUGCCUUUAAAUGUUUCUCUUUUUCAAAGAACUUUCUCUCCUCCUACAGGAUAUGUUCUCCACUGGCCAGUCUUCACCUCAUGUUGACUCCAGCCAAGAUUACCACUUUGUCAUGACAACCGGGGAAGAGGGUUAUACCAUCUUACACUUUGAACGAGGCGCCAACACCGGCGAUGCAAAAGACAUCCUGUUCAUGGUAAUUGUUUCAGCUUCUUUAGCCAAAUUCUAUGAAGAAAGUGAAAAAUAACAACAUAUGCAAUGAUUUUUUAUUUAACCUUUACGCACACAUCUGCACACAGAUUAAAAAAUAUAUAUGUGUUUGGCACUGCUAACACACUUAUGUAUCUGAGAUGACAUUUUCGUCUAAGAUUUUGGCCAAGCCAAACAUGACGAAAACCAUAAUCGAAUUGGUGUGAAGAAGUUUUCUCACAGUUAAAUAAAUUAAAAUUGCCCAGUUGGAACUAAGCAAAAAAAAAACUAUGUAUGAGGCCCCGCUGUUUAGGGGAAUAUUGGUCUACCAUUUUCAUUUACAAGAGGUUUCCGGCAUAUUUCCGUUUUUGCGGGGUGAGGGAGAGGGGCGUGGGGCAUAAAAUUACGAAAGCGUUUCAUUGAAGGUUUGCGCUUUUAAGGAAUUAUACACUGCUACCAUCAAGACCACCUUUUGGCUAUACUCUAUCUGUUGGCUUCUUCGUCCAGCUGGACACUCAGUUUGGGACAAAGAGUUCUUUGUUUCAAAAAUGGUUUUCAAAAGGAGAUGCCUUUGUUCCGAAAGUUGAUUCCUGGCUAGGUGUCGUUAUACCAAAUCCGUCAUGUCUGUAAAAGCAGUUUUUUUGCGUAAUCAUGAAUAAAAAACACUCAGUGUAUAUGCUCUGUAAUUACCCUCAAGAUUAUCGCAAACUUGGUGGACAAACGUUUGUGUUUCAGUUUCUUUCUUCACCUUUUUUUCUUUUAAGGCCAACCAAGAAUAUUUUUUUGUCUGGGCGCUACACUCGUCAUUUGAUGCAACCGAAAGCAGUACUGUUUAUCCAUUUCAUGAAAGAAAAGGCUCAAGUCAGUUUACGCAACUGAUGCAAACAGGU